AUGGAAUCAAAAAAUCUUACCCAAACCAUCAAUCCCUUGUAUUUACUUGCUUCAUUAGCUUUGGGUACAAUCGGGGCUGCUGCUUUUAAUGCCUUAAGAAAAGGGUCUUCUGAAACAGCUCAACAUGUUUUUGAAGAGAGUAUGUCUGCAAAUGCAUCUGCUCCUUCAUCUCCUAAAAAACCAAUUAAAAAACAUGCAAUUAAUAAGUUGAUGGCAAAAAAUGCAAAUGAAAAUGAAUUAGUCAAAGAAUUAAAAAAUUUAGAAGAAAUUACUUGUGAGAUUGAAAGAGUUUCUAAUCUUGCUUAUGAUCUCAAACUUUAAGUAUUGCCUUUGAAUGUAAAUCCCAUGCUUGGAAAUUCAAAUUAUAGAAGUGUGUUUGGUGGUGAAGGUUUCCUCCCUGAGACUGCUUUUGUUAAUCACGAUUGCUAUAUCCUUUGUAAAAUUAUCUCAUAAAUUUAGAACACCCUAACUUUGGACCAAAUGAUUUAUUAUCAAGAACAAAGAGAUGGCUUAGAUCUGGUCCUAGAAAACAUCUAUUAUUUAGUCCAGAUGAAGUCAAAGCAGGCAUUGUAGUCGUAGGUGGAUUGUUACCUGGAUUGAAUGUCAUAAUCAGAGAAUUAACAAUGUGUUUGUUUUACAAUUACAAAGUAUAGAACAUAUUUGGUGCCAAAAAUGGAUACAAUGGAAUCUACAAUAAUGAUUGGAUAAAAUUAGAUCCAAAAAUAGUGAAAACUAUUCAUCAUUAAGGAGGUUGCUUUUUGGGAACAGCCAGAUCUAAAUUUGAUGGUGAAAUGAUAGUGGAUGAGUUAGCUAAAAAUGGAAUUAAUUAAGUUUAUCUCAUUGGUGGAUUGGGUUGUAUGAAGAGUGCAGAAUAAUUACAUGAAAUCAUAAAAAGCAGAAAUCUCAAAAUUAGUAUUGUAGUUAUACCUAAAAGUAUUGAAAAUGAGAUUCCAAUCAUAGACAAAUCAUUUGGAUUUGAAACUGCUAUUGAAGUAAUAUUAUUAUUUAAUCAUUUAAAAGGAAGCUUAGAAUCCUUUAAAAGCAGCUUAUUAAGAAACUCAUUCUAAAAAAUAUUCAGUUGGAAUAGUAAGACUGUGGGGGUCACAUACAGGAUUUUUGGCAUUGAAUGCUUCCUUGGCUUUUAGAAGUGUAAAUAUAUGUUUGGUUCCCGAAUUUGAAUUCGAUGUCUAUGGAGAAAAAGGAUUGUUAGAAUAUGUGUAUUAGAGACUUCAACACAAAGGAACAUGUGUCAUUGUAGUGGCUGAAGGAUCUGCUGCUUCUUUGAGAGAUUGCAAGAUUAAUGACAAAGGUAGAGAUGCUUCUGGAAAUGUCAAGUAAGGAGACAUCGGAUUGUUCUUGAAGAAUGCUAUUUUAGAGUUCACCAGAGAAAAAGGUUUAAAUGCUGAAGUCAAAUACAUUGAUCCUUAAUAUAUGGUUAGAGCUGGUAAAGCUAAUUCAUUAGAUUCUAAACUAUGCAGUUAAUUGGCUUAAAAUGCAAUUCAUGCUUCAAUGGCUGGUUUCACUGGAUUUGCAGUUGGUCAUGUCAGCAAUAAAACAUGUAUGAUUCCUUUGAAUGAAAUGAAUUCAGGAAAUUAUGCCAAUAGAAUUACAGUAAUUUUUAUCUUAUAAAUUUAGCCAUCAAAUAUAUCAUGGUAGAGAUUGUUAGCAGGUACAGGGUAGCCAUCAUUCUUAAAUAAUGAAUAAGAUAUUUGAUAAAAACAUAAUAAAAUCAAAAAUUCAUAAGAAAAUAAUU